GAUAUCUACUUUCACUAUAACACAAAUAUGGGGAUCACCAACAAAGAAAAACUAUGUUGUCUACCUUCCGUCCACAAGCCCAGCCCAGUAACCAUACACACCACACCUGUGUGGCCAGCUAGUAACCAUCCCUGCAAAGCCCACAGCAUGAUACCCGGUCCACCAUCCUCGGGGCAUCAAAGUCAUCCCAGUCCUCGUUUUCACAACAACAGCAACAUCUCUCCCUCAGUCCCAGCACACAUUCCGCCAAACAACCAUCGAGCAGCUCGGCGCACCCUGUCCAUGCGCCUCCACACCACCAGCCGACCGCCCGCAGGCCCUCAGUGCACCCUUCACAUCCAUAGAGCAGGUUCUCGAAUACGCUCGCCGGUUGACGGAGGUCGUGUAGCUCUUCCCCCCUGCGCAUAGAGACAGAGACUUUGAACGCCCAAUGUACGUCGUUCCCUCUAUUCCUCGGCAGGGGCUCUCCCCACUGCGCGGGAGUAUCCAGCCCCUCCCCGAGGGAUUGGGGGACGUACACACGCACCCGGGAAGGGUGAAUCGACUCCCUGGCACAGAUGUAGUGCCGUAGCGAGGAGAUUGACCCUGGUGGAGCGAGGUGCUCGUAUGCGAACUGAGCGAGGGAAGGGUCGUCUGCGUGAAUCCGUUCACGGGAAUGUAGGGGAGGGCCGUCUUUCUCUGUAUCAAUGGUUAAUUAGACAUACGUGAAGUG